UUUGUUUACUAGCUGUAGCUGAUCGAAAAGGACGCCUGUCAGAAUUAAAUUAUAUUUUAACCAAAAUUCUGCCUCUAUACUGAACAAUAUUUAUAUUUUACUUGGUAAUUAGCUGUCUGAGUGCCGCUAGGAUGGUGGUGGUUUGAUAAAAUGGGCCUGCAUUAAGAACUAAUGCACCUUGGCAGAAGAAAUUUUAACCUGGAUUUAAGUGAGGACUGCGCUGAAUUAAUGGAGGAGGAUGACUUUGAUGAGGAAUUAGAGGACUCUUUGAGUUCUCCAGCCGGUUGUACAUCAGGCGAGGAGAGCGACGGCGGUACCCAAGUAUCGUCUCCUUGUAGAUCCUCUGUCACUCUUUUAACCCUAUUGAGGGAGAGACUCUUGACCCCCGGCGAGGGGGCUAUGUCCAUACAUUACCUGGGGCAAACAUUUGUUGGUGAUUUGCUGCCAAACGGAAAAAUAAAAUCGCAAGAAACUGACCUGAUCUUCAGUUCGCCGAGUGCUUGGGCAAUCCAUUGCAAGAAGAUCAUAAAUCCGGAAAAAAAAUCAGGCUGUGGCUGGGCAUCGGUUAAAUACCGUGGGAGGAAACUUGACGCGUACAAAAACGCAUAUUUCAAGAAGAAGAGGCUAGAUAUGAGCAAGGAAAACACACAUUCGGACGAGGAGGAAGUUGAUAAACCGUUACCUAUGAUGAUUCCUCCAACUGGACCAAAAACAAUAGUCAAGCACAACCUCCUUGGCUGCCGGACAGCCAACCAGGACCAAAACGUCUUGGUGGAAAGCGUCCCUUUUUCCACCAUUGGCAAAAUUCAGCCCUUUCUGGUCUCAAUGAGCACCAAUGCCUGCAUGGUGAUGGAUUUCCACUGCCACCUGACAAAUUCCGAAGUUGUUGGUUAUCUGGCAGGACACUGGGACGUCAACGCACACAAUCUUGCAAUUACACACGCGUUUCCCUGCCGAUGCCGGCUCGCUGACCGUGAACUGGCUCCUCAUGUUGAGGCUGACAUUUACCGUGCCAUUGAGCAGAGGAGGCUGACCCUGGUUGGCUGGUACCACAGCCAUCCUCGAUCUCCAGCAACGCCCUCAAUUAAAGAUUUGGACACGCAACUUGAUUAUGAAAUCAAAAUGAAAGGACCAAGUGACGCCUCUUACACUCCUUGCGUUGGCGUCAUUUGCUCUCCAUACUACCAGCCUGAUACAGACAUGACAAGAGACCAAAGUUUGGAAUCGUCAAUUGUUUGUUAUUGGGUUAUGCCACCCCCUGAAAACAGGCCGAUGGAAUACGGGAGACCCAUGUUGAUGAGCUAUGCAGUCAACCAGGAGCACUUUUUGUCGCAAGACGCUCUUAAUGAGAUGAAAAAGUGUGCAGAAUUUUACAAAGGAGAACCAGACGCAAUAAAGUUCAGUGAUUCUUUUGCCGGCUCUGUAACUUAUUUGGACAAGUUGAAGGCGUCCUUGGCUCCAAAAUUCCCUCGAGAUCAAAGCGAAGAACUAGUCUGGUCUUUUGUGCUGGAGUUGGUCAGCAGUGUUGAGGAAGACAAUCAAACUGCAGUUGAAGCGCCAAAAGUUGAGAAUGGGCACGACGCUACAAAUCACGAGCCAGAGAACCUGCAAGUCGAGUCUGCCGAGUCCGCUCCACUGCAUGCCACAAAUGAGGAUGUGGAGUCUGCAGAAACGAGACCGACGCCAAGUCCGCCUGGUGAUAAACCAGAGGUAAACGAGGGAGAGCAAGCCAAUGAGGAGGCAGAAAAUAAGUAAAAUGAGAGUUGAAUUAGACUUUCUUGGGAACUUAACAUCAAUGUAUUUAUGUAUUGCUGUGCAAAUGUUCAAAGACAAAGGGCCUAUAUUUGGGCGUAAUUUAUGAUGGAUUAAUCCAAUUUGGAUUCAGGUUUGAUUUAGAAAAGGAUUUUUUUAAUGCAUUUCCCGGACGCAUUUGUAAAUUAGACCAUCUGUGUAUAGCUGUGUAAAAACCUGUACAUGUUUCUUGUAGGUAAAAUUAGAUAGAGUAUACACUAUCUAAAAAAUAAAAAAAAUGCACAUAA